AAACUCAUGCACAUUGACUCCAUCUGAGAUCCCAAGAAAAAAAGAAGUUGAAGUUGUGAAAUCGAGAUGACCAAGUUCACUGUUCUAGCAGGCUUGUGCCUGGUGAUGUGCCAGCUGGCAACUGCUUCCAAGAUGGCAUGCUACUUCACCAACUGGUCCCAAUACAGACCUGGGACUGGGAAAUACAUGCCUCAAAAUGUGGAUCCCUUCCUGUGCACCCAUCUGAUUUAUGCUUUCUCCAUCAUCAACAACAAAAACGAGUUGGUUACCUAUGAAUGGAAUGAUGAGACCUUGUACAAGACUUUCAAUGGCCUGAAGAGCAAAAACCCCAGUCUGAAGACCUUACUGGCUGUUGGAGGAUGGAACUUUGGCUCAACUCAGUUCUCCAUCAUGGUGUCCACUCCAGCCAACCGUCAGAAGUUCAUCCAGUCUUCUAUCAAAUUCCUGAGGACUCAUGGAUUUGAUGGUCUGGAUCUUGACUGGGAGUACCCUGGAUCUCGUGGAAGUCCUCCAGAGGACAAGAAGAGGUUCUCUCUCCUCUGCAAGGAACUUGUUGAAGCCUACGCAGCUGAAGCCAAAACCACCGGCAAUCCUCAGCUCAUGCUGACUGCUGCAGUGUCUGCUGGAAAGGGAACCAUUGAUGCUGGAUAUGAAAUUGCUGAAAUUGCCAAGCAUCUGGACUUCAUCAAUGUGAUGACCUAUGACUUCCACGGAGCUUGGGAGCGAUUCACUGGACACAACAGCCCACUCUACCGUGGCUCACAUGACAGUGGUGACCUCAUAUACUUCAACACUGACUAUGCCAUGAAAUACUGGAGAGAUAAGGGCACCCCAUUGGAGAAGCUGAUGAUGGGAUUUGCUGCUUAUGGUCGUACCUUCCGUCUGACAUCAUCCAACACUGGCGUUGGAGCCCCAGCUAGCGGUGCUGCAUCAGCUGGUCCAUACACGCGUGAAGCUGGCUUCUGGUCGUACUAUGAGAUCUGCACCUUCCUGAAGGGCACCUCUAUUCAGUGGAUUGAGGACCAGAAAGUUCCCUAUGCCAGCAAGAACAAUGAGUGGGUGGGGUUUGACACCAGGGAGAGCUAUGAGAUCAAGGUCCAGUACAUGAAGGACAUGAAGUACGGCGGUGCCUUUGUGUGGGCCUUGGAUCUAGAUGACUUCAAAGGAGAGUUCUGUGGAGCAGGAAGCCAUCCUCUUCUGUCCCAUCUGCGCAGACUCAUCAAUAGUGAGUUGCCUCCACUUCCAUCGACCACAACCAAGAAACCUAGCGUUACUUCCACAGCAUCACCAGUUACCACCGGUGCACCAGUCUUCACAACCACCCUCAAACCCAGUGGUACCACAACUGCGCCAUCUACCAAGACCACUCUCCCUGUCCCAGGACGCGGCUUCUGCAAAGACAAGGCUGAUGGCAUCUACGCCAAUCCAGAUGACAGGACCAAAUUCUAUGUGUGUGCAGGUGGACGAACCUAUGAUAAUGUGUGUGGAGCCGGCACUGUCUUCGAAGACAGCUGCAAGUGCUGUGUGUGGCCCUAAGUGUUAACUAGUUGAGGACUCAGUACUGUCUACAAGCAUAAUGUCUCUGUGUGUAUGCUUUUUUAUUUUAAAAAGUUGUAACAUUGUGAUGUUUAGAAAACAGCUUUUUAUUAUAAAUUAGAAUUGACAAGAAAUUCAAAAAGUGUAUAUCCAGCAACAAUAAAAGAAUUAUAACAAAUUUAAAAAAUGUUUGA